AUGACAUCACGAACCGACCGUGGGCCCCCAUACAGAGUACCGCCCAUCAACAUACCGUGGUGGAAGACAGUUUCCCGGGUUUCCUAUGCUAGAGAUAGAAUUGUUGAGUGCUAUUUUUGGGCUCUCGGGAUUUAUUCCGAGCCACAAUAUUCUAGUGCUCGAAUUAUUCUGGCUAAAACCAUAGCCGUUAUAACUAUUAUUGACGACACCUAUGAUUCAUAUGGAACAGUCGAAGAACUAGAUGUUUUCACCGAUGCCAUACAAAAAUGGGAUAUAAGCGAAAUAGAUCGACUCCCAGACUACAUGAAGAUAUGCUAUAGAGCUCUAUUAGAUCUUUAUGAAUCAUUCGAUGCAGAGUUAUCUCCAAAAGGAAGAUCAUAUGUUGUUCAUUACGCCAAGGAGGCGGCGAAGGAAAUUAUGAGGAGUUACUACGCUGAGGCUAAAUGGUUCGUCAAACGUGAUCAUUUGCCGGCAUUUGAUGAGUACAUGCGCCAAGCAGAGAUUACCUGUGGUUGCUACUAUUUGACCGUAACAUCCUUCGUUGGCAUGGAAAAUGCUACAAUUGAAGUAUCCGAUUGGCUUUUGGCAAGACCUAAAAUUCUCAGAGCUGAUAACAAAGUAACUCGUAUCAUCGAUGAUAUUUCCACCUACGAGGACGAGAAGAAAAGAGGGCAAGCUACGACUGGGAUUGAUUGCUACAUGAACGAGCAUGGUGUAUCGAAACAAGUAGCAAUGCAGCGCUUGAAUGAAAUUGCUGAAAUUGGAUGGAAAGAUCUGAACGAAGGGUUCUUGGAUAAUUCUGUCUCGAUGGAGAUUCUCGUGCGAGUUUUCAACUGGGCAAGAGUAGCCGAGAUCACUUAUAAGCAUGAACAAGAUGGAUACACGCAUUCGGAGAAAGGGCUCAAGCCUCAUAUCAUAGCAUUACUUGUUCAUUCUUUCAAGAUCUAGUCGAAAUGCAAUUACGCUUGUCGCGCAGUAAUAUGUUUCAAUGAUCAAGAUAUUCUUCAUUUGUUAUGAAUUAAUUCUUAUAAUAGACUAUGAUUAAUUGUCAAUUUAUU